CAUCUUCAUGCCAUAUCUUGUCUCACAUUUUUAGUAUUCUCCCUUUAAUGGCUUCUCUUCUCUACCUUCCACUCACUCUAUUAAUCAUCCCUUUAAUGAUCACUACUGCUCAAAAUACGCCUUCACCUGGCUACUAUCCUAGCUCCCGAAUAAGCUCAAUUGGCUUUGAUCAAGGGUAUAGCAACCUUUGGGGUGCUCAGCAUCAAAGAGUAGAGCAAGGAACCGUAACAAUAUGGCUUGAUAGUAGCUCAGGUAGUGGUUACAAGUCACUUCAUCCAUAUCGAUCAGGAUACUUUGGUGCAGCCAUCAAGCUUCAACCUGGUUACACUGCUGGAGUGAUUACAUCUUUCUAUCUUUCGAAUAAUGAAGCCCAUCCUGGGGACCAUGAUGAAAUAGAUAUUGAGUUCCUGGGAACAACUCCCGAUAAGCCAUACACUUUGCAGACAAAUGUGUACAUAAGAGGAAGUGGGGAUAGAAACAUCAUUGGAAGAGAGAAGAAGUUUCAUCUGUGGUUCGAUCCGACACAAGAUUUUCAUAAUUAUGCCAUUCUAUGGACCCCAAGUGAGAUCAUAUUCUUGGUGGACGAUGUUCCCAUCAGAAGGUAUCCAAGAAAAAGCGAUGCAACAUUUCCUUCAAGGCCAAUGUGGGUAUAUGGCUCAAUCUGGGAUGCAUCGUCGUGGGCCACUGAGGAUGGAAAAUACAAAGCCGACUAUAACUACCAACCCUUCAUUGGCAGGUACAAAAACUUCAAAAUCGGUGGGUGCACCGCCGAUGGGCCUGCCUCUUGCAGCCCACCGUCUGCUUCUCCAUCCGGCUCCGGUGGCUUGAGCCAACAGCAGUCCUCGGUGAUGGAAUGGGUGCAGAGGAACUACUUGGUUUAUGACUAUUGCAGGGAUGGGAAAAGGGACCAUACCCAAACACCUGAGUGUUAAAGAUUCGAACUCGAUCAGUAGAGCUGUAACUCACUGAGCGCGCAUAAGUGUGUUAGUAUGGUCUCAUCUAAACGGCUAUGGGCUCUGUUUCCAUGGUUUGUUUUCUUCUUCUUUUAGCUAUGAGCAGUUUGCUUCGAGUUGGAUAGUCUUGAGACGGGUCCCACUUGCCAAGAAUGGGUGCAAGAAUUGUUGAUCGUCCAAGUUUCCAAGAAGUAUUCUUCGCUUUUGUUGUUUGUCGUAUUGCUUUGUUUGCAUUACCCUUGCUUUUAUAAAGUUCAAAAAAUGGAAGCCUGUUUUAUCAU